UCAAAAAAGGCGCCAAAACAAUUCCCGCGCAUUCACUCUUGCAGUGUGCUUAUGUAGUUGUCUUUAUCGCAAACGUUUGUCGUAAAAUGGGGGACAGUUUGACUGAAGAGGAAAUUCUGAGGCUGCUGGAAGAAUCUGGAUCUGAAAUUGACGAUGAUGGAUUUCAAACUGAAAAUAGUUCUUCUGAAAUAGAUGGUAACAACGAGUGGUCCGAAAAUGAAAAUGAGCCAUCAGACGUAUUAGAAGAGUGUGAAGCUCCCAUUCAAAAAGGCAGAGGCAGAAUACAACAACAGCAGUCCCAAAACAACGUUGUUGAAUGGGUAAAUGACGAUGUCCUACAACAAUUACCGCUCUUUGAAGGCGUAAGUAAUGUCUUGGCACCUUUGAGCGCCGAAAGCACUGAAUUUGACUGUUGGAGCGUCUUUAUUGACGCAAAUGUCAUCAAAAAUAUAAAGACAGAAACAAACCGCUACGCUGCAGCAACAAUUUCCAAAUUGCGGAUGCAAAAUAAAAUAACUUCCAGGUCGCUUUGGGCCAAUUGGUCUGCUGUGAAGCUACAUGAGAUGUAUCAGUUUUUUGCUAUAAUUAUUCACAUGUGCCUUGUACACAAACCAAAUAUUACGGACUAUUGGAGCAAUGACCUAAUGCUAGAUUCCUCCUUACCUGCAAAAAUCAUGAAAAGAGACAGAUUUAGGUCAAUUUACUUUAUAUGCUUCACGUAA